AGUUGCUCUGCAGCCACUCAGCAGUGUGGAACAAAGCUAAGUGGGAAGUGGUAUUCUGUUUCUUGCUCUUUGUUGUUGGGAUUCAGUCCAUUUUUGGAGAGUCUCCGCGGCAGCCGUCACCAUGUCGGUCCCAAGCACACUCAUGAAGCAGCCGCCCAUUCAGUCUACGGCUGGGGCAGUCCCAGUACGCAAUGAGAAAGGUGAGAUUUCAAUGGAAAAAGUGAAGGUAAAACGUUAUGUGUCCGGAAAAAGACCAGAUUAUGCCCCUAUGGAGUCCUCAGAUGAAGAGGAUGAAGAAUUUCAGUUCAUUAAGAAAGCUAAGGAACAAGAAGCAGAGCCUGAGGAACAGGAGGAGGACUCAUCUAGUGAUCCCCGACUUCGGCGUUUACAGAACCGCAUUAGUGAAGAUGUGGAAGAGAGAUUGGCUCGACACAGAAAAAUAGUGGAACCUGAAGUAGUAGGUGAAAGUGACUCAGAAGUAGGAGAUGCUUGGCGUAUGGAACGAGAAGAUAGUAGUGAGGAAGAAGAGGAAGAAAUUGACGAUGAAGAAAUAGAGCGGCGCCGUGGCAUGAUGCGGCAGCGAGCACAGGAGAGGAAAAAUGAAGAGAUGGAAGUCAUGGAGGUGGAAGAUGAAGGACGUUCUGGGGAGGAGUCAGAGUCAGAGUCUGAGUAUGAGGAGUACACAGACAGUGAAGAUGAAAUGGAGCCUCGACUUAAGCCUGUCUUCAUUCGAAAGAAGGAUCGGGUGACAGUUCAAGAACGAGAAGCUGAAGCAUUGAAGCAGAAGGAACUGGAACAGGAAGCAAAACGCAUGGCUGAGGAGCGGCGCAAGUACACCCUCAAGAUUGUAGAAGAAGAGACCAAGAAAGAGCUAGAGGAGAACAAGCGGUCCCUUGCCGCCCUGGAUGCACUCAAUACUGAUGAUGAAAAUGACGAGGAGGAGUAUGAAGCGUGGAAGGUCCGCGAGCUCAAAAGAAUCAAGCGAGACAGAGAAGACCGAGAAGCGCUUGAAAAGGAGAAAGCAGAAAUUGAACGCAUGAGAAACCUGACUGAGGAAGAAAGGCGGGCUGAACUUCGGGCAAAUGGCAAAGUCAUUACCAACAAAGCUGUGAAAGGCAAAUACAAGUUUUUACAAAAGUAUUAUCAUCGAGGUGCCUUCUUCAUGGAUGAGGAUGAAGAAGUUUACAAGAGAGAUUUUAGCGCACCCACUCUUGAGGACCAUUUCAACAAAACUAUUCUUCCAAAAGUCAUGCAGGUCAAGAAUUUUGGACGGUCCGGUCGCACCAAGUACACCCACCUUGUGGAUCAAGAUACCACUUCCUUUGACUCUGCAUGGGGCCAAGAGAGUGCACAGAACACAAAAUUCUUUAAACAAAAGGCAGCAGGGGUACGAGAUGUAUUUGAACGACCAUCUGCUAAGAAGAGGAAAACCACCUAGGCUUCUACAUACUUAUUCCAACUGUGGGACACAAGUGUGGCAGAACUUUCCCCUAAUGAAUAAAGAAUUCAAGGGACCAAUCACUGGGCGAGUAGGCGGGACUUCCGGGUCUGGAAGAGGAAGAGGGGAGGCAGGAGAAAGGAACUACCGUUUGGAAAAGAAGAGAUCAUCAUGGAGGCGCAAUAUAGCUCUUCCUGUCUCCUGAGAAGAAUGUACAAUGUCCAAGGGUGUCGUCAGAAAUUACAUCAGCUUGCCAUGGGGAAAGGGAAAUGCAUCACCAUGUGCCUCCCAUCUUCAGUCUUCCUGCCCUGAGCAAGGGUGCGAGAGGCAAGCUACACCAGAGCAUUUGUUGUCCUUGUGGAUGGAGGUUAGAGUAACGGCACCCAGCGCCUAGUCUCUCAGUCCGCUCUCAAACUCUCCAUCUGUUAAGCCCAAACCUUGACCUUCUGUUUUGCCUCUGUGUUCCUCCAAGAUAGGACUCAGCCUGGAGGGGUCUGGUUAGCAUUGCCAUGUUCAUGAGGGGUCACAGUAACAGUUAAUGCCUUUGUGCAGAAACAAGGUCUCCACUGUGCCUCUCAGGGUGAAAACAAAGUCCCUAGACAGAGUUGACUUCCAGAAAAGGCUCCUGCACUAAGUCAGCCAACAGACUCCAGAGCUAAUCGGAACCAGAUGCAGGUUCUUUCGCUUAAAUAUAUUACAAGUCACAGAUUUAUUUUUUGAAAGCACCUAUAAUAACAAUUAAAGUCAUAAAAAGUGUU